ACACACACAGUACGUAACGGCGUUGUCUGGUCCCUAUCUACGUGUGUAUGUAUGUAUAAGUGUUUGUGUAUAUGUAUGUAAGCAAGUGUCCGUUUGCUGCGGUGUUGCGUUUACUAUCGUAGCGUAAUCGGGUUGGUUUUCAUUGUUCCUGCUGCUAGCGACCGCUGCGCAACUAAGGGCAGCGGCGUCUCCUUUCACACAAACGUACACGCAAACGGCACGAGUAAUGUUUGGUCUGUGUUCGUACUGCGGAGAUAGCUGAGAAAGGGAAGGACCAGCCAGGGCAAAGUAGAUCUGUUAUACUGUACGGCUAGUCAUACGAAAAACCAGCGGUGGUCACAGUCGUUUUGGCAGGCUGUAAAAGUUCUGAGAAGUCCCCUAGUUACAGCACACGCACGCGUACAUAGACCGACAGCCAAACAAAUACCUCUUAAAAGUAGUCUUGUCGUCGUGCCUGGCCACAGUGGAGCGUUGUUUUGAUGCAGCUUUCGAUUUUCCGUCUGUUUUUUGGUUCCGUGAACAUUUCCUCGAGCUGAAGAAACAGGGAGUUGUUAACGGAACGAAGCUGGCGUGUUGUAGCAAAUAGGUGCCUUUUCUUUGAUUGAUUGACUGAUUGAGGUUGCUUUUAGAAGAAGGGAAAAAAAAAUGAAAAACCUGCCAUUACAAGUAACACUCAUUCUUACCUAGGACAGAACCAUCGUCGGUAAAACCACGCAUUUAUUCCCAUGCAUAAACGUAAGCAAAUGAUCAUAGCCAUCGUGAACCUGUCGUUUUCGUUCUAAUCGAAUUUUGAGCUCUAUCGCUUCAUUUUAUAUUCGCGAUCCUUAUAACCACGGGCUCUCCUUUCCGUGUUCAAUACGCACGGUACAUGACAAUGAAAAAGAUGUGCGUAUGAAGAUGUGAUCCGAUAUCGUUGGCCGAAACGAAGAGCAACACAAACAGCUCUGUGUAUAUGCACCUACAUGCGAACUAAGCAAAACAAUUUAAUGGAAUAGUGUUGCACCGUGUAUCUGUAUUAAUCUGCAAACAGAUGUAGUUCGCUUCUAAACGUGCGCAAGCGGAUACCGUGUUUAGGUAGGGUAUGUGCAACGAUAGCACCUAACGCAGUCGAUGGACAAACUGUGUUAGGGGUGGUUCGGCAGCUGUGCGUGUUGCCAUAUAACAACAGCAAGAACAAUACGUCAUUGAUCAUCCGAUGGGUUCUCUCGAAGAUGAGGAGGACCUUGUCCAACUGCUUGAAGAGCUCCGUCAGCGUCCGGGUGUCAAUAUAAUCCAGAAAGGGAUCGACUUCCAUACCAGUGAUCAAGCUCCGCUCGGUAGCGGUACGUUUGGUGUAGUGUCCAAAGGCACCUACUGCCGGCGAAAUCCAGAUGGAACGGAAAAGGAAACGAUAGAAUGUGCGGUCAAACAAAUCAAUGACCCCAGAGAAAUUCGAGCCUUCAUGAAUGAGGUGACUCAAUUGUCACGGGUGAACCACGAGAAUAUCGUCACUAUUUAUGGGGCUCAUAUAGGCAGGCCAUGCUAUCUCGUCAUGGAAUAUGCAGCUGGUGGGAGUCUUUACCAUGUGCUUCACUGUAAACCGUAUACCGUCCAUGUACAGUACACGACGGCACACGCUCUCUCGUGGUGUCUGCAAUGCAUAAAAGGCAUUGAUUAUCUUCACAAUAUGGAACCAAAGCCUCUCGUACAUCGAGACAUCAAGCCACCCAACCUUCUGCUAGUUGACGGAAUGUUGACGCUAAAGAUUUGCGACUUCGGCACAGCUUGUGAUUUGCAAACGAACAUGACUAAUUGCAAGGGAUCAGCAGCAUGGAUGGCUCCAGAGGUAUUUACAGGGACAAAUUACACUCAAAAGUGUGAUAUCUUCAGUUGGGGAAUCAUCUUAUGGGAAGUGCUAUCGCGUCAGAAACCUUAUGAAGACAUGGACUUUGCUUAUCAAAUUUUAUGGGCCAUCAAGGAUAAUAAACGGCCUCCGAUGAUUUAUGACGCUCCAAAGGUAAUCCAAGAUUUAAUGGCACGCUGUUGGCAUCCGCUACCGGAGAAUCGGCCAACCUCAUCAGAUAUCGUACAGCUUAUGACUCGGCUUUUCAGCUACUGCGAUAAAAAUGAUCUCGUCCCCCUGUCAUGUCCCAUUCCAUUGAGGAGCUCCAGCACGUCAUCAACGAUUUCAAUGGCGACAUCGAACGUAUCUAGCUCGCCAAAUGCCCUUACACCUGUUGCUACUCAGCGUCGUCCAAAUACCUUCCUCACCGAGAAUUUUCCGAUGCUUAACGCCAACUACAGUCAUCUGAUCAGCCCUGAUCCGUACACGCCGUCAACGAGUAGACAGGGCACCUCCGAAAGGCAUGAUCAGACGUCUGAAACCCCGCCACCACCAGCACAUCGCAUGCAUCGUCGUCAGUUAUCGUUUGGCAUUGUUAACGCUUCAGUAGGCGCUGGCGCUACUUUUAAUGGAAACGCUAGCAGUAUCAACUCACAGGAGAACAUUUCGCCUUCGUACAAUCACACACAGGUUCGAAAGUCAUCAUGGCCCACGACUCCCGAUGAACCAUAUGAGGAUCUUGGCAUUCAGGGUCAUUUGCUCGUUGAGCCCAAACUGCAGCCGUUACCACCACUAACCAACUUGCGUGAAUCGGUAAUUAUCUACGAAAGUCACAAACGGCUUUGCCAGUGGUACCACAAACAGCAGGCUGAAAUUGAGUUGUUAAUGAGACGAAAUCGGGAGCUCGACGACCUUGUCCAGGAAGUAACGUCAGGCUCUAUUAUCCGAAAAACUGAUAUCCAAGUGAAAUAUCAAGAACUGUUCAACGAGCAGCGAGGUCUUCUUCAGCUUAAGGACAAACUGAAGCGUCAAUUGCGCGAGCUACAACACCGAGAACUCGACGACGCAUGGGUCUUUGUUCAAUAGCUAUCACCAGAAGAUAAAAAUGUAUCUUACACUGGCGAAAAAGCGACAAAGCAAUGUCUGGUUUGGGCUACACCAUAUGAACGAUAAUGGUGCCCAGCAACACUGCACUGUUUGGAGCUCGCGACCGGCG